AUGAGAAAACGAAGUGAUUUACAAAAUCGUCUUGCACGGGAAAUUUCUUUCUCGCCAUCACAAGUAUUUCUCUCAACCAGCGAGGUGCCGAUAACGAAAGUUGAUUCUCAAGUGGGAACAUUGGCAAAUGAAAAAAAAGAUUACAUCGAAAUAGUUACAAAAUUUUUGGGUGGGAAAUUGACUGUUGUUAUCAAGAAACGGCUUUUCUACUUUCUUAAAAAGUUUGCUGAAAUGUUUCUGCUGUUACCGGAAAGAAAGAUUUCUAAUUUCUCACUUUCUCAAUGGACAUUGAAAAGCGAAAAAACUCACAGAGGCAAAUUGCGAUCAACAGUAAAAGGUCUGUUAUUAAAAGAAAAAGAAAAUCAGAGUCAUGAAAAUAAUGAAAAUACGUCUCGGAUAAGAUUUCAUUCUGACUAA